GACGUGAUUAAAUGCCAUCUAAAAACACAUUGUGUCCUCACAUUGUGGCUAUGAGGUAGCAGGACCAGUCAGCAGUACAGCCUGAUUCUCACCCUGAAAUGCUUCAUCAUCAGCUACUCAGUACCGCCUGGACUGACACCACAAAGCCCACGAAUCAAGUUACAUUACAAAAGGCAGAUACACUGAUCAUUUGCUUAAUGGUGUAUCACUAUUAUAUUUCUUUGCUUUCUUCCACCUUGACACAAAUAUUACGCCUGUCUGGGUUUGGCGCCACUGGUUGUGACCCAGAGCCUCUCCUGGAUCAAUACAAAAUAACAGUAGUGCAGUCAGCAGGUCUGCAGGCAGCGUCAGCGAGCCUGUGGUUUAACACUGCCCACAUGCUGUCUUUAGUGCAGAGUGCAGGACUUUCCAACACAUUUGCUGUCAUGACAAGUGAAUCAGACAUAACCAGAAAAGGAACAUCUACAUCCUAGAGAAGGCUUUAUCCCUAAUGUUUUAAGACCAUAAAGUAAAAGAGAUAGUCGUCGUCUUGUUUUUUUUUUUUUUGUAGUUAGUUUACACCACUGCCCUUCAAUGGUAAAAGGCAGUACAAGCCAGUUUAAAUCAAAAAUCGAGUUCUUGAUGUUUUUCCAUGCAUUUUGUUUAAUAGAUUAAUCGUUUCUCACAGUACACUGGCAUGCCAUUCCACAGGUGGAAUCAAAGUCAAAUUUUCAAUCAGUAUGAACAAGUUAAUUAUUAUGUCGCCACAGGUCUGUUAUAAAAUUAGUCAGGACACUGUUGGGUUUCUGUAUGUAAUCGUUUCUUUGUGUUUGGCUGCUGGUGAGCAGGGCAAUGGGAAAGGGGAGGGCCAUAAUAAAAUGAUAACUUUUAAACCUGCACUGUAAAACAUGAUGGCCCCAUUAAGUUAUGUAAAUGUAUUUCUUCUCUUUAACUCCAAUUGUCAUGACAGGUUUUGGGAUAUUGAACUCAAGUUUAUAAAUUCUUAAAGUAAUCCAUUGUAUUGACUUAACUUUUUGAGUUGAAACAAAGGAUUUUCAAGUUGAGUUUACUCACAUUUUAAAGGCAGCGGGUGAACGUUAUUUUAACCACCUGAAAUACUUAGGAAAAACUACAAAUUCUAAAAGCCCUGAGUGUCUACUUUCAUAUGAGCCAUUACCCAAUACUGUGAAAUGUUCCAUCUCAAAUAAAUUCAAUGCUGAACACAGGCACCCCAAAAACAGUUGGAAAUAAUAAAAAAAAAAAAUGUUGCCCUCUGGUAAGAAGACUUUUAAAAUAAAUAAAUAAAUAAAUAAAUAAUCGGCCAAUAAACAUUCUUACUAUUAGCCAUAUGACUCGUUUGGCCGGAUAUCAGGAAAAUAUGAAGUCAUUUUUUUCUGUUUCACUCUAUGAGCAUUUAUUGCCUUCUGCCUCGGAACACAUACUGACAUGUUCUGGUGAUGACUCUCUUUCUCAAUUCAAUGUUUUAGCAUUUAAUGAGACUUUCAUUAUUUUAGAUUUGUUUUAAAUAUACACAGGUAUGGAAUAAAACUGCUAUCCAGUUCAUGUAAAGUACAUUUAUUGUCAUUAUUAUAAUUUGAUAGUUUUAGCACCCCUAAUCCAAACAAGAAGCACUUUUUGAAGUCAUUUUUUGCACUUUCUACUCUAAAAGAUAAACUUCUCGUGCUGGAAAACAGAUCUGGCUCGAUACAAUACUUUUCAUUAAUACAGUAUUCAUAUUGGUAAUAUAAUCAUCCUAAAAGUAUGCAAACUGUCCUACGUGGUCAUAUUCUUGCCACGUUAGUAGUCCAGCAGUUCUUAGCUAAAGAGAAAAAUAAACCAUGGUGCUGUGAACACGAUGAUCAAAGUGUAUACUAUAAGACUGACUGUAAUGGUACUGUAUAUAAUGGUAUGACACUGAAUGGUCCAAAAAUGUGCAGUAAUUUAUGAUGAAAUGGUGCAGUGCCUGGUGUGUUCUCCUUUAUAGCAAGGCGUAUCUCACUCAUUAUGUGUAGGAAUGGAUUUACAUGUAUUUACAUGUAUUUCCAUUGAUAUAUAUGUAUAUAUAUAUACAGCAAUAUAGUAAUCUCACAUUGUGCUACCCCAGUUACUACAUGUUCCCAUACUGCAUUACUGGCAUAUACACACGCAUGUUUUCCUCAGCAUGGUCUGUGGAUUCACACUAGCCUAUUGGUAUCACUCAGACUUGAAUCUUUUCUCUUUUUUUAAGGGAGAUCCGAUCAUGUGAGGUCAUGUGCUCCUUCUCUCAUUGCUCUGCUCCCUGCCCUCUGGCCUUUUUAUUCUUGUCUCUCUGAUUGACUUUGAGGCUUUUACAAAAAAGUUUUAAUUUUAACAACGCAAUGGUUCCAGAGGAUUCUGUCAGAUGGAUCAGUCAUUCCAGACCCUCAGCAUAACUAAGUCUUAUCUUAAUCCUAUGUUUUGGGGGGAUUUUUUUUUCUAAGCUAUGUGAUUGAACAAAUCAAUACCCAAAAAGGCAAGGAAUAGCAAUGAUGACAUUUUAAUGCUGGUCAUCAGAAAUAACAGCUAGUUCAUGGAAGCAGUUCAUGGAAGCCUACCAAAUGCACCUUAGAGCAUUAGAACUUAAUUCCCUUUCUGCUUCUAUCCUCACCCCUGUGACUGCCAAACAGAAGCAAGAUGUUCUCAACCAACCUAUCGACUAUGAGGGCUUCCAGCUCUUCAUGGCCACGUACUUAGAGAAUGACAUCCCGGAGGAACUGUGCCAACAUCUCUUCACUUCAUUCAAGAGUAAGACCGGAACAAGCAGUUCGCCUGAUGUUCCCCGAACCGGAGCAACGCUGCUCGAACCCAAGUCGAUUGAUGCAGGUAUCUCUAUUCAGACAGAAGUGGCCUGCGCUCCUAUAACAGGGAUGAAUGGGAAAAGUAUCCUCAGUGCUAUGGGCAGACACGCUUCAGAGCACCCAGCUGGUGUGAUGCCAGGAUCCGGUGCCACCACCUCGCCAUGCUCCUCCCGCUCCUCUUCACAACGCUCAGGCACAGGGGGUCACACUCCUCAUCGCUCACCCAAACCCUCAGCAGGCAGCAGCUGCAAUGCCCUGGCCCCCACCAAGAGUGCCAACUCGCCUCGACUCUCCCCAGAGCAAAGUCGAUCAGACAAGGGGGUGUCUCUGAGGAAAAGUCCAUCCCCUCAGAAGAGUUGCACCCCGUCCUCACCACAGAUCGUCUUCCUGAAAGACAUUGUGUGCUACCUCUCUCUACUGGAGCGAGGGACUCCAGAGGACAAACUAGAGUUCAUGUUCCGGUUGUAUGACACGGAUGGCAAUGGCCUGCUGGACAGCUCAGAACUGGACCGUAUCAUCAAUCAGAUGGUCCAUGUAGCAGAAUACCUGGAAUGGGACUCAACAGAGCUGAAGCCAAUCUUGAAGGAGAUGAUGGAGGAGAUUGACUACGACCAUGAUGGAACAGUCACACUAGAAGAGUGGAUCAGAGGGGGAAUGACCACUAUCCCCUUGCUGGUACUGCUGGGCAUGGAGACGAAUGUACAAGAAGAUGGGCAGCAUGUAUGGAGACUGAAGCACUUCAACAAGCCAGCAUACUGUAACUACUGUCACACUAUGCUGUUAGGAGUGCGUAAACAAGGCCUUUGCUGCUCACUAUGCAAGUACACAGUCCAUGAGCGCUGUGUGUCCAAAGACAUUGCUGCUUGCAUCAGCACCUAUGCCAAGUCCCGCAGACACACCAAUGCUAUGCAGCAUGUAUGGAUGGAGGGCAAUUCUCCAACCAAGUGUGAUCGAUGUCACCGCAGUAUCAAGUACUACCAGGGCCUUACUGGUCUUCAUUGUGUUUGGUGUCAAAUUACUCUCCAUAAUAAGUGUGCAUCUCAUGUGAAGCCAGAUUGUGAUGGUGGAGCAUUGAAAGACCACACCCUCUUGCCAUCUUACAUCUGCCCUGUUGUACUGGACCGUCACUCUGUAGUAAAAAGAGGAGAGGGUGAGUCCUCCCCCAACACCAGUCCUGAUGACUCCAACCAGUGCUUUAAGUUCACUGGCGAUGGUCAAGCACUACAGAUCACCCCUCUUCCGGGAACACAUCCCUUACUGGUGCUGGUUAAUCCAAAGAGUGGUGGUCGGCAGGGAGAAAGGGUAUUGCGGAAGUUCCAGUACCUGCUUAACCCCAGACAGGUUUACAGUCUAGAUCGUGGAGGGCCCAUGGUAGGAUUAAACUUUUUCCGUGAUGUGCCUGAUUUCCGAGUAUUGGCCUGUGGAGGAGAUGGAACAGUGGGCUGGAUCUUGGAUUGCAUUGAUAAGGCUAAUUUUGCCUGCCACCCUCCUGUCGCCAUCCUACCACUGGGUACUGGGAAUGACCUGGCACGCUGCCUCCGCUGGGGUGGAGGCUAUGAGGGAGGCAAUCUUCUCAAGUUCCUCAGGGACAUUGAACACAGUAGUGAGGUAGUGCUGGACCGCUGGAACAUUGACAUUUCCCCUGACAACAAGGAAGAAAAGGGAGACCCUGUGCCAUACAGCAUAGUCAAUAACUACUUUUCCAUUGGAGUGGAUGCAUCAAUAGCUCACCGAUUCCACUUGAUGAGGGAAAAACAUCCUGAAAAGUUCAACAGCAGGAUGAAGAAUAAGCUCUGGUACUUUGAAUUUGGCACCACAGAGACUAUUUCAGCCACGUGCAAGAAGCUGAAUGAGGGUGUGGAAGUGGAGUGUGAUGGCAUCAUCCUGGACCUCAGCAACACGUCUCUGGAGGGGAUUGCUGUGCUCAAUAUUCCCAGCAUGCAUGGUGGCUCCAACUUGUGGGGGGAAACCAAGAAGAGACGCAACUACAACCGCAUGAGUAAGAAGCUACCUGAAAGGACGUGUGUCACCACCGUCACUGAUGCCAAGGAACUUAAAUUUUGUGUACAAGAUCUGAGUGACCAGCUGCUUGAGGUGGUGGGCUUAGAAGGGGCCAUAGAGAUGGGCCAGAUCUACACAGGCCUCAAGAGUGCUGGUCGACGCCUCGCCCAGUGUGCCAGUGUCACCAUCAGGACAUUCAGACUGCUGCCUAUGCAGAUUGACGGGGAGCCAUGGAUGCAGCCUCCAUGCACGAUACGAAUUACACACAAGAAUCAGGUACCCAUGCUGAUGGGUCCUCCACAGAAAACCCCCUUCUUAUUAUUCAAAAGGCGCAACAGAAGUCGGGACUAGGCUCACCUCCAACACACACACACACACACACACACACACACACACACACACACACACACACACACACACACACACAUAUCUUCACUAAUCUCAGUCACUGUAUCUACUCUGCUGGGGUGGUGAAGAUGGACAUCUGAGAGGAAAACUAGUACAGAAGUCCAAUAUUUGGCGAUGGACAAAUAUUAAACUCAUACCUUUAUAUUGCAUGGACAGAGGACUCUGAUGCCUGUAGUAGCCUAACCAUUAGAGACUUCAGUGACUGAAGAAGCCAACCCAGCAUCUUGACCAAUACCUGUGUGUUUGAAUCUCUGAUAUUCCUACAAUGGGCUGUAUAGGCUGUAGCUUUUUAACAAUUCCUGCCAGAGCCAGGACCACCAGACCAUUAACUUUGUAUCAUUCUGUGCUCUCUCUCACUUCCUGUCAGUGGGUUCAUCAGACAAUACUGACUUGCAGAGAGAGAAGGGAAGGGAUAUAUGAAGAAUAAACUAAGGUGCUCAGGAACAUCUUCAAAAAGAGUGCUAAGGCCAGGGGUGACUGCUUGACAUAUUUACCCUGUUAUGAAAGUUAAAGUGGGUGGGGCACACCAAAUGACACCAUCAUCCUGAAGGAGUCAGCUGAAUUAUAUAUCAAUUCAUGAAGAGUGUUCACUCAAACGCCUCUUUAAAGCCCCACAACAUGCCACUAAUUAAAGACACAAAACAGUGAGCUCAUAUUUUAUGCAGUGUUUAGUUUAUGGCCUGUGGGCUGUUUAGAAGAGGUAGGCCCUAUCAUUUGCUUCUAACCUAUCUGGUAUCCACCUUCAGACCACUGAUAUCCACAGGUAGCCAGUGUCAAUUUUGUAAAAUAAUACAUAGCUUACUGGUAGGUCCAGACACCAUAGACACUGUUUAGAGGAUAAUCUAGGGAGGUAAAAAAUUGAUGUGUUUAUCAAAAAGUCUUUUUUAGCUAUUUAGAAAUCAAGAGGGUGGUCCUUUCCCUAACAUCAAUUUCUCAUCAGUCUGCAUAUGCACUAUAGAUUGAGUAAACAAGUGUCAGAAAUUAACAUCUCAGGCCAUGUCUACAAUAUUAAGUAGACCACAUUGGAUUAAAACCAGCCCUAUGAUCCUACAUGGGUAUCUGACUGACCAUAAACCUAAAUAUAUCACAGUAUUUCAGGCACUAUCUUUCCCAUGAAACACUAUACCAAAAUACAUCAUGAAACCAUCAGCUCAUAAUUUCAAGUCUGAUGACAGGGGUAUUAAAACACCUAAAUCAUCCAUGUAGGAAACAAAUCUAUGUUACUGUGUUUGUGCCAGUGUCCAAGCUUAGAAAAUAUUCAUGUUCUGAUGGCUGGACAUCAUAUAUGCUGUGAAGUAAACUUUUUAAACCUUUCAUAUAUAGCAGAUGGAGAUGAUAUCAGUGUUAGACUAAAGAUGUCUACCAUCAUGUAUAUGAAUACACAGUAGUUGUAUAUUCUGAGAACCCUGUGUGCAUAUAUUUGAAUGUGUUUGACGAUAUAACUUGUGAGUAAUGUAAUAUAGCUUUAGAAACUAGUAGCGUUAUCUCACGGGUGACAUGAAUUUCCAACAUAUUGUCCCCAAUAUAGAUAAGCACUCUAUGAUAGUCAGAUAUAUUGGCACUGUGUAGAACUGUGUGCCUAACAGUUAAAUUCCUUAAGCGUCACCAUUUUAAAUCUGGGAUCAGAUAAGGUUUUUUUAGUCUGAGAUUAUUUAACUUCAAGUUUGACAUUUUUAAGGUAAUUUCAGAUCAGCACUGAUUGUACAGCUGAUGUUCUCAAAACACAAUUCUUCAAACAGGCAGACUACUCUGCCUCUGGUUCCCUUUAAUGAACACCAAAUCAAAGAUGCAGUAUCAAGGUCCUACAAAGUGCAAAUUUGCCUAGAUAACCACAGGAUAUAACUUUGGUAUUUUUUAAUCAGCAAAGCUCAUGUCAUUCCAAUUAAAAGUAAUAGUGAAUUUCACUAGAACUUCAAUGUCUCCUGUGGUCAUCAGACAGUUGACUUUUAUGGUCCUCUGGUGCUUAAAGAAUGUUGGUUUGGUUAUGAGUGCAUGUUUACAAUUUCUUUUCAUUUUACAAUUUACAACCCCAAUUCCGAAAAAGUUGGGACAGUAUGGAAAAUGCAAAAACAAACAAAAGAGUCAUCUGAAAAUUCAGUUCACCCUGUACUAUAUUGAAAACACAUUAUUUGAUGCUUUACUUUGUGAAAUUAAUUUUUUACAUUUUUGAAAAUAUUUACUCUUUUCAAAUCUGAUGACUGCAACACACUCCAAAAAAGUUGGGACAGUCGACUGUUUACCACUGUGUAACAUCACCUUUUCUUUUAAUAACACUUAUUAAGCGUUCAGGCACUGAACACAACAGUUGGUUAAGUUAAUCCAUUAUGCAUUUCUUCAGCUGCGCAACUGUACGGAGCGAGCCUUCAUUGCCUUAUUUUGCGAUUCAUAAUGCGCAACACAUUCUCAAUCGGAGACAGGUCAGGACUGCACGCAGGCCAUGCUAGUACCUGCACUCUCUGCUUAUGCAACCAUGUGCUUGUAGUCCGGACAGAAUGUGGUUUGGCGUUGUCCUGCUCUGGAUGCCAGCAUAUGUUGCUCCAAAAUGUGUACAUAUCUUUCUUUAUUAAUGGUGUCCUCACAGAUGUGCAACUUACCUAUGCCAUGGGCAUGGACACACCCCCAUACCAUGACAGAUACUGCCUUUUAGACCUGACGCUGAAAACAGCUUGAAUGGUCUUUUUCCUCUUUGGCCCGGAGAACAUUACGGCUGUUUUGUCCGAAAACUAUUUGAAAUGUUGACUCGUCAGACCUCAAAACACGAUUCCACUGUGCUACUGUUCAUCUCAGAUGAGACAGAGCACAGAGAACUCGGCGAUGCUUCUGGACAGUAUUGCUGUAUGGCUUAUUGCUCUGCAUAGUAAAGCCUUAACUUGUAUCUGUGGAUGCAGCAGCGAAUGGUGUUUAAUGACAAAGGUUUACCAAAGUAUUCCUGAGCCCAUGUCAGGAUAUCCAUUACAGAUUCAGAAGUGGUUUUCAGCCUUACCCUUUACCUUGUCUGGAUUCCUCAAAUUUUUUAAUUUGCGGCAGCUAUGGCUCAGGUGGUAGAGCGGGUUGUCUACUAUUUGUAGGGUUGGAGGUUCGAUUCCCAGCCCACAUGACUCCACAUGCCAAAGUGUCCUUGGGCAAGAUACUGAACCCCAAGUUGCCCCCAAUGGCAAGUUGGUGCCUUGUAUGGCAGCUCUGCUACCAUUGGUGUGAAUGUGUGUGAAUUGGUGAAUGAGACACAGUGUAAAGCACUUUGGAUAAAAGCACUAUAUAAGUGUGCCAUUUACCAUUUUAAUUAUAUUGUACACGGUAGAAGGUGAAAUGCCCAAAAUCUUACCAAUUUGUCUCUGGGGAAUAUUGUUCUCAAAGUGUUGGAUUAUUCACUGAUGCAUCUGUUGGCAGAUUGGCGAGCCUCAACCCAUCCUUGCUCUUGAAGGACUAGGCUCCUUUAUAUACUAUGAUUAGAUGAUUUCAAAUUGUCACAUCGCUAUUAGUCCUAAAUUGCCCCAUCCCAACUUUUUUGGAACAUGUUGCAUGUUCAUCAAUUUCAAAAUAAACACUUACCUUCAAAAAAAAAGUGCAGUUAAUUAGGUAAAACAUCAAAUACCUUGUUUUUAUACAUUUUUUGUUUAAAUACAAGUCAAACAACAUUUACAAAUCAUUCCUCUUUGUUUUUAUUAGCAUUUUCCAUACUGUCCCAACUUUUUCAAAAUUGGGGUUGUUCAAUGAUUGUUGUAUAUAUAUUUUAGCUAACAUGACACCACUGCAUGCCUACUGAAGCAAAGAAGACAACACUGUCUGCUCGUAGAGAGACCAUCUUGAUUGUCGCAAGAGUCUGCCAUCUUCUCAUGAUUAUAUUCCUAGACCUUUUCUACUUUUGCUUAAUUGUUGUAGCCUAUUGUCUUUAUUCAUUGUGUUUUCCCAUAAUAUGUUUGAAACAUGUUCAUAGUAAAAGCA